AUGGCUGACCCCAUCAUGGACCUCUUUGACGACCCUAACCUCUUUGGCCUGGACUCAUUGACUGAUGAGAGCUUUAACCAGGGUGCUCCGGACCCCAUUGAGGAGGCCUUGGGGCUUUCUGGGGCGAGCCUGGACUCCUUAGCAGGGGGCUCCAAAGACCAGCAGGUUGCCCCUCAGCCGGAGCCCUCCCAACCGGAGACCCUGCCCCUCCCCAAUACGCAACCGGAGUCCGUGACUGAUCUGCCCCAGCAAGAUCAAGCAGGGCUCCUGCAGGCCCCUCCGGAUCAAGAGGUUCUCAGCCAGGGCAACCCGUUCAUGGGAGUCUCGUCCGCCACAAACACCUCGACGGUUGCGCCCUCUUCCUCGGCCGGGGGGCAGCAAACCGCCGGGCCCCCUCCAGCCCCCAAAAUCGUCAUCCUGAAGGCCCCGGUGGGAAGCUCCAUGACCGGCGCUCAUGUGGCCCAGAUCCAAGCCCAGCCCAUUGGGGCAGCCAACGGGGGCAAAGUGACCUUCGCCAAGGUCCUGACGGGCACCCCCUUGCGGCCCGGGGUCUCCAUUGUCUCAGGCAACGCAGUGCUGGCCACCAAAGUGUCCCCUGGAGCCGGGGCUCCCGCUACACUCCACCGUCUGGUGCAGCCCGGACGUCCCGUCAAGCAGCUCGUGCUGCAGCCCAUGAAGAGCCAAGCAGGAGGGAACACGGGCGUUGCUCCGCUCAAACCUGCCGUCACCCUGACCUCGACGCCAGCCCAGGGGGAAUCCAAACGCAUCACCUUGGUUCUCCAGCAACCCCCGACUGCUGGAAAUGCUCCAGGACAGCGGCAAGUUGUUUUGGGUAGCUUACCGGGCAAGAUUGUCCUUCAAGGCAAUCAGCUGGCCGCCCUGAGCCAGGCCAAAGGAAUGCCAGGCCAGCCUGCCAAAGUGGUAACCAUCCAGCUGCAGGUCCAGCAGCCGGGCCAGCAACAGCAACCCGGCGGCCAGCCGGGCACGCAGAAGAUCCAGCUCUUGCAGCAAGCCCCGGUCAGCGCCUCCGGCCAGCAGGCCCCUUUAAGCGUACCGGCAGUCCAGCAAGCACAGGUGGUCGGGGGCUCAGGUCAGAGGGUGACGGUCCCCGUCAAAGUUGUGCUGCAGCCACAGGCCAGCUCGUCCCAGGGCAGCUCCUCGGGACUCUCGGUGGUGAAAGUCCUGAGCAGCAGCGAGGUAGCGGCCCUCCCAUCCUCCAGCGGUGGUGGCCGGAGCGGCUCGGAUGAAUCCCGCAAGCUGGAGCAUCAGAAGAAGCAGGAAAAGGCCAACCGGAUCGUAGCGGAGGCCAUUGCCCGGGCCCGAGCCCGGGGCGAGCAGAACAUCCCCCGGGUGCUGAACGAAGAUGAACUGCCCAGCGUUCGCCCAGAAGAGACGGGCGAGCGCAAGCGGCGCCGGAAGGGCGGGGGCGAGCGCAUCCCCAAAGAGGACCGGCCGCGCAAGGGCCGGGGCCAGGGGGGAUCUGCCAAGAGCAAAGGCCGAGGGAAACCCAGCACGAUCACGCCAGUUGUUGGGAAGAAACGGAAACGGAACGCUUCUUCAGACAAUUCAGACGCCGAGCUAAUGCCAGCCCAGUCUCCGCGUGAAGAAGAGGAGACCAGCAUCCAGAAACGGCGUUCGAACCGUCAGGUGAAGCGGAAGAAAUAUACAGAAGAUCUGGACAUCAAGAUCACGGAUGACGAAGAAGAUGAGGAGCUGGAUGUGAUGGGGCCCAUCAAGACCGAACAGCCCCCAGCUCCGGAACCCCCUGCUCCAGAACCCAUCCCUGAGGGCGAGACAUUGCCUUCAAUGCAGUUCUUCGUGGAAAACCCCAGCGAAGAGGAUGCUGCCAUCGUAGACAAGGUCCUGUCCAUGCGGGUGGUGAAGAAGGAGCUACCCAAUGGGCAGUUCACAGAAGCAGAAGAAUUCUUUGUGAAGUACAAAAACUACUCUUACUUGCACUGUGAAUGGGCCACCAUUGCUCAACUGGAGAAGGAUAAGAGGAUCCACCAGAAGCUCAAACGGUUUAAGACCAAAAUGGCUCAGAUGAGACACUUCUUUCAUGAGGAUGAGGAGCCUUUCAACCCAGACUACGUGGAGGUUGACCGCAUCCUGGAUGAAUCGCACAGCAUUGACAAGGACAAUGGGGAGCCCGUGAUCUAUUACCUGGUAAAGUGGUGUUCGCUCCCUUAUGAAGACAGCACAUGGGAGCUGAAAGAAGACGUGGACGAAGGGAAGGUCCGAGAGUUCAAACGCAUCCAGUCCAGGCACCCCGAGCUCAAACGGGUGGCUCGACCCCAGGCAGGCUCCUGGAAAAAGCUGGAACUUUCGCACGAGUACAAGAACGGCAAUCAGUUGCGUGAAUAUCAGCUGGAGGGCGUAAACUGGUUACUUUUCAACUGGUACAAUAGGCAAAACUGCAUUCUGGCCGACGAAAUGGGGUUGGGUAAAACCAUCCAAUCCAUCGCCUUCUUGGAGGAAGUUUACAACGUGGGAAUCCGGGGGCCCUUCCUGGUCAUUGCCCCUCUGUCCACCAUCACCAACUGGGAACGGGAAUUCAACACCUGGACCGAGAUGAACACAAUUGUGUACCACGGCAGCUUGGCAUCCCGCCAGAUGAUUCAACAAUAUGAGAUGUACUGCAAGGAUUCCCGGGGUCGCCUGAUCCCAGGCGCCUACAAGUUUGACGCCCUGAUCACCACUUUCGAGAUGAUUCUGUCGGACUGCCCCGAGCUGAGGGAGAUCGAGUGGCGUUGUGUUAUCAUCGAUGAAGCUCACCGCCUGAAGAACCGCAACUGCAAACUUCUGGACAGCCUCAAGCACAUGGACCUGGAACACAAAGUGUUAUUAACGGGCACCCCUCUCCAGAACACAGUGGAAGAACUAUUCAGCCUCCUGCACUUCCUUGAACCCUCCCAAUUCCCCUCAGAAUCGGAGUUCCUCAAGGACUUUGGGGACCUCAAAACUGAGGAGCAGGUGCAGAAACUGCAGGCCAUCUUGAAGCCCAUGAUGCUCCGGCGGCUGAAGGAGGACGUUGAGAAGAAUUUGGCCCCCAAGCAAGAAACGAUCAUUGAGGUAGAGCUGACCAACAUCCAGAAGAAGUACUACCGGGCCAUCCUAGAGAAGAACUUCAACUUCCUCUCCAAGGGGGCGGGGCACAGCAACAUGCCCAACCUUCUCAACACCAUGAUGGAGCUACGCAAGUGUUGCAACCACCCCUACCUCAUCAAUGGUGCCGAGGAGAAGAUCUUGACCGAGUUUCGGGAUUCCUGCCACCACCACGUGCCCCAUGACUUCCCCUUACAGGCCAUGGUGCGUUCCUCUGGGAAAUUGGUGCUGAUUGAUAAGCUGCUUCCCAAACUGAAAGCCGGAGGGCACAAGGUGCUGAUUUUUUCCCAGAUGGUCCGUUGCCUGGACAUCCUGGAAGACUACCUCAUCCAGAAGAGGUAUCUCUAUGAACGUAUUGAUGGGCGGGUGCGCGGCAAUCUGCGACAAGCCGCCAUCGACCGCUUUAGCAAGCCUGAUUCGGAUCGUUUUGUAUUCCUUCUCUGCACCCGGGCAGGAGGUCUGGGCAUCAACCUCACAGCGGCUGAUACCUGCAUAAUUUUCGAUUCGGACUGGAAUCCUCAAAAUGAUUUGCAGAUUCAGCAGUUCUCAAAGAAAGAGAUUGAGGAUUUGCUACGCAAAGGGGCCUAUGCCGCCAUUAUGGAAGAGGAUGAUGAAGGGUCCAAGUUCUGCGAAGAAGAUAUUGACCAGAUCCUCCUUCGGCGCACCACUACCAUCACCAUUGAGAGUGAAGGAAAAGGGUCCACCUUUGCCAAGGCAAGCUUUGUGGCCUCUGAAAACAGGACAGACAUCGCUCUGGAUGACCCCAACUUCUGGCAGAAAUGGGCCAAGAAGGCAGACUUAGACCUGGAUCUUCUGAAUAGUAAGAACAACCUGGUGAUCGACACGCCCCGCAUCCGCAAGCAAACUCGCCACUUCAGCACCCUGAAGGACGAUGACCUGGUUGAGUUCUCUGACUUGGAGAGUGACGACGAUGACCGGCCGCGCUCCCGGCGCCACGACCGGCACCACCACCCCCUCCACCACUCGUACGGGCGCACCGACUGCUUCCAGGUGGAGAAACAACUGCUAGUCUAUGGCUGGGGACGCUGGAGAGAGAUCCUCUCGCAUGGACGUUUCAAGCGGCGGAUGUCCGAGCGGGACGUGGAGACCAUCUGCCGCGCCAUCCUGGUCUAUUGCUUGAUGCACUAUCGGGGCGAUGAGAACAUCAAAGGAUUCAUCUGGGAUCUCAUCAGCCCGGUUGAGAACGGCAAAGCCAAGGAGCUUCAGAAUCACUCGGGCCUGUCCAUCCCAGUUCCACGGGGCCGCAAGGGGAAGAAAGUCAAGUCCCAGACCACUUUUGAUCUCCAGAAAGCAGAAUGGAUCCACAAGUACAACCCGGACACACUCUUCCAAGACGAAGGCUACAAGAAACAUCUCAAGCACCAGUGCAACAAGGUGCUGCUCAGGGUCCGCAUGCUUUAUUACCUGCGUCAGGAGGUGAUUGGGGACCAGGCCGAGAAAGCUUUGGCAGGUGCUGUUUCCAGCGAAAUUGACAUCUGGUUUCCGCUCGUGGAUCAGGCAGAAGUCCCCACAGCUUGGUGGGAUACGGAAGCAGACAAAUCUUUGCUCCUUGGGGUCUUCAAACAUGGCUACGAGAAGUACAACACCAUGCGAGCCGACCCUGCGCUCUGCUUCCUGGAGAAAGCCGGCCGCCCGGAUGAUAAGGCCAUUGCUGCCGAGCACCGUCCGGAUGUGGGCGAGGGGGUGGAUUUUGACAAGGACUGCGAGGAUCCAGAAUACAAGCCUGUCGGAGCCCCUGCCAAGGAACACGACGAGGAGGGUGAAGCGCUAAUGAUGAUGGAUGAAGACAUAUCGGUGGUGGAUGGGGAGGAAGGUCAGCCAGGGAAUCUCUUCUGGCCUCCAGCCUCUGCGCUCACAGCCCGUUUGCGGCGACUAAUCACGGCCUUCCAGCGGAGCUACAAGCGUGAGCAGCUGAAGAUGGAGGCCGCGGAGCGGGGGGAUCGGCGUCGCCGGCGUUGCGAGGCCGCCUUCAAGCUGAAGGAGAUGGUGCGCCGAGAGAAGCAGCAGAGGUGGACACGCCGCGAACAGUCGGAUUUCUAUCGCGUGGUUUCCACGUUUGGAGUGGAGUAUGAUCCAGACACGAUGCGGUUUCAUUGGAGUCGGUUUCGGAUCCUUGCCCGCUUGGACAAGAAGACCGAUGAGAGCCUAGCCAAGUAUUUUCACGGUUUUGUAGCCAUGUGUCGACAGGUUUGCCGUCUUCCUCCUGCUGCAAGCGAUGAGUCUCCAGACCCCACCCUGUUCAUCGAACCCAUCACGGAAGAGCGGGCCUCCCGCACCCUAUACCGCAUCGAUCUCCUGCGCCGUCUGCGGGAGCAAGUGCUGUGCCAUCCCCUCUUGGAGGAGCGCCUCGCCUUGUGCCAGCCCCCUGGCCCUGAAAUGCCACUGUGGUGGCAGUGCGGGCGCCACGACGGAGAGCUGCUGCGGGGAGUGGCCCGCCAUGGUCUUAGCCAGACUGACACCACCAUCAUGCAAGACCCAGACUUUUCUUUCCUGGCGGCUCGGCUCAGCCACCUGCACAGUCGGGCAGGGGGCACAGGGACACCCCCUCUUCCGCCCCCGGUGCCAGCCCAGCCUACAGGGCUACCCCUUCCGGGGGUCAGCACGGCGGCCGCUCCGUCCCCCCUGCUCCUCGCUCCACCGUUGAAUGAGCCACCUGCUCCGCAACAGCCCCUCACCUUGCCCCCCAAACCUGAAUCGGCCGAGGACUCCGACUCCGAACUUGACCUCAGCAAGAUUUCUGCUUCAUCGUCGUGUUCGUCCUCCUCGGGCUGCUCCGAUGACAGUGAGGGUGAAGAGGCUUCUUGUGGCGGGAAGCUCUUUGAGGAGGAGGAGUCCUCGCUGCUCUCUCUGCCCACCUCCCACGAGGGGAACUCGCCGCAGCCUAGUGCCUCGGAUCUGCUGCUGCAGGAGCGCCAGAGGGCCCACGAGUGGCCAAAGGACCGUGUCCUCAUCAACCGCAUCGACUUGGUGUGCCAGGCUGUGCUGUCCGGAAAGUGGCCCUCCCCACAGCAGGGCCAGGUAGUGUCCUGUAUUGGCCAGGGAGAAGGCCUGCCCCACAUGCACGGAGAGUACACCACCUCCCCCAUCCCUCACAUCUGCCCUCUGGCAUCACAAGAGGAAGGCACAGCUUCCUUCACCCGCCUCCGACACGGUGGCCAAGAGAAGGAGUUUACCGUGCAGAUCAAAGAUGAAGAAGGAAUCAAACUGACUUUCCAAAAGCACAAGCUGGUCCCAAAUGGCACCGUUCGGGAUCGGCCUGCUCUCACCCAGAAAAAAAGUAGCAAAAAAAUGGUGGAGCUGGAACUGCAGUGUCUGGAAGCACUGAGGGGCCCAGAUAUUGACCUGGAGGCUCAUAUCCCAGUGGUGAACAAGACUGAUGGGACGCUGCUGGUGGGCGACGCAGCUCCCCGCCGGGCUGAUCUGGAGGUGUGGCUGCAGGCCCACCCUGAGUAUGCGGUAGAUCCUCGCUUCCUGGCUGGUUUUCUUCCAGAUCCGACGAUGAACCGCCUCCUUCCAGGGGCCGUGGGGGCCGCCGACAACGCACAGAAACGCGGUCGCCAGACCCCAAUGGAGUUUUCCAACAUGAUGGCUCUGAUGGGGGCCGGCCGGGUCCAACUAGGAGCCACGGGACCCCUCUCUCUGCACCACGCACACUUCCAAGCCCCCCCGGCCCAUGGCUCUGCCUUGCAAUACAUGCCGUUCCCGGCCGCCGCUGCCACCGCCGCCACCUCCUCCGCCAGCCUUCUCCACCCGGGACUGGGCCACGCCGGCUACGCCGCCGCCCCUUUGCAUCUGGGCCACCCUCAGCGCGUGGACGAGGACGAGGAGGAAGACGAGAUGGACGACUUGUCUCAGGGCUACGCCAGCUCGGAGCGGGACUUUUCCUUGCUCGACGACGACCCCAUGAUGCCAGCCAACUCCGACUCCAGCGAGGAAGGGGAAGAGGAGGGAGAAGACUGAACUGACGUCUCGGAGGGCAGACGGGCGGAUUCCGACAGGGGCCAGCUCCUCUCCGGGGGGGCUAGCCGUCCUCAUGACAUUGAAUUUGAAAGGCCAGAGACUCGGGGGGGCCCGUUGGGGCCCCCCUCGGCAGACAGGUUCCCUUCGUCCCCCGUUGGCUGCUGGGAGGACAAAGCAGGGUCCUUCAAACCCAGCAAGGGUCGGAUGGGGGAAAUAACGACUUGCCUCCAAGGGUGCUCGUGCGGGGCUUAUUUUUU